AUGCAACAACUGCGCCACGUUGACCAGAUGGCCGAAAAUCAUGCGGACGAGCGCCGAAGAGACAUCAACAUUGAGUCUGAGCCGUAUCGAAUGGACAUGCGCAGAAGUCUUGGACUUCCUCAGUGCGAUUUGACACCGGCAUUUCGAGCCCCAUUGCAUGGCUUAUCUGAGCCCCUUUUAAAUACCAAGGAUGUAGAUCACAUUGAGGAAUAA